CUCUGACUCAUUCCAGGAUCAGUUCCGUUGCGUCUCAGUGGGUUUUGUUCAGACUGCAGAAUCUUCAUAUUCAACUCUUUGGACUGUUUGAAGAAACUAUGAAGGUGUGUGUGUGAGCUGAUGUGGACGUGAAUUCAGCAGAAUGGAUCAGUGUGAGGACGGAGAGGAGGGAGUCCCUCCCUCUAAAACCUCUCUUUGUGGGGAACAUGAGAGUCGGAGCAAAGCUCAGAGGAAGAAACCCGGACCUGGACCUGAACUUGGACCUGGACCUGGACCUCGACCUGGACUUGGACCCAGCUGUGUGUCCUUGAAGAGUGACCAGUCAAAGGAAUAUAUUCUUACCUUUAAAGGAGACCAACAUUCUUCUUCAGAGAGAUUGGACCAGCAGAUCUCAGAGUCCCCCAGUGGUCCGUCUGUCCAGGAGCAUCAGACACAGCUGGACUCCAUCUUUCAGCUGCUGGAGGACAACAUUGUCAUGUUUGUGAAGAACGAGCUGAAGAAGAUGCAGAGGGGUCUGAGUCAAGAUUACCCAGAAUCCCUAGAGCAUGUGUUGGAUGGUGAGGAUGAAGAGCAGAGGAGCAGCAGAGAGGCGUUUGUGAAGAUCACAGUGAACUUCCUGAGGAGAAUGAAGCAGGAGGAGCUGGCUGAGCGUCUGCAGAGCAGUUCUUUUGCUCCAGUUUGUAAAAAGCAACUGAAGUCUAAGCUGAAGAAGAAGUACCAGUGUUUGUUUGAGGGGAUUGUUAAAGCAGGAAACCCAACCCUUCUGAAGCAGAUCUACACAGAGCUCUACAUCACAGAGGGAGGGACUGGAGAGGUCAACAAUGAACAUGAAGUCAGACAGAUUGAAGCAGCAUCCAAGAAACCAGACAGAGCAGAAACAACCAUCAGACAGGAAGACAUCUUUAAACUCCCACCUGGAAGAGAUGAACCAAUCAGAACAGUGAUGACGAAGGGAGUGGCCGGCAUCGGGAAAACAGUCCUAACACAGAAGUUCACUCUGGACUGGGCUGAAGGCAGAACCAACCAGGACAUCCAGUUCCUGCUUCCAUUCACCUUCAGAGAGCUGAAUGUGCUGAAAGAGAGAAAGUUCAGCUUGGUGGAACUUGUUCAUCACUUCUUCACUGAAACCAGAGAAAUCUGCAGGUUUGAAGACUUCCAGGUCGCGUUCAUCUUUGACGGUCUGGAUGAGAGUCGACUUCCUCUGGACUUCCACAACAAUGAGGUCGUGACUGAUGUUACAGAGUCCACCUCAGUGGAUGUGCUGCUGACAAACCUCAUCAGGGGGAACCUACUUCCUUCUGCUCGUCUCUGGAUCACCACACGGCCCGCAGCAGCCAAUCAGAUCCCUCCUGAUUGUGUUUCCAUGGUGACAGAAGUCAGAGGGUUCACUGGCCCACAGAAGGAGGAAUACUUCAGGAAGAGGUUCAGAGAUGAGGAGCAGACCACCAGGAUCAUCUCCCACAUCAAGACAUCACGGAGCCUCCACAUCAUGUGCCACAUCCCAGUCUUCUGCUGGAUCACUGCUACGGUCCUGGAGAAAGUCCUGGAGAAAAUCCUGGAAACCAGAGAGGGAGGGGGGCUGCCCAAGACCCUGACUGAGAUGUACAUCCACUUCCUGGUAGUCCAGGCCAAACUGAAGAAGGUCAAGUAUGAUGGAGGAGCUGGGACGGAUCCACACUGGAGUCCAGAGAGCAGGAAGAUGAUCAAGUCUCUGGGAAAACUUGCUUUUGAGCAGCUGCAGAAAGGAAACCUGAUCUUCUAUGAACCAGACCUGAGAGAGUGUGGCAUCGAUGUCAGAGAGGCUUCAGUGUACUCAGGAGUGUUCACGCAGAUCUUUAGAGAGGAGAGCAGCCUGUACCAGGACCAGGUCUUCUGCUUCAUCCAUCUGAGUGUUCAGGAGUUUCUGGCUGCUCUUCAUGUCCAUCAGACCUUCAUCAAGUCUGCAGUCAACCUGCUGGAUGAACAAAGAAACACCUCCUGGUGGUUUAAAACAAGAGCAGAGACUCACCUCUAUCAGACAGCUGUGGACAAGGCCUUACAGAGUCCCAACGGACACCUGGACUUGUUCCUCCGCUUCCUCCUGGGUCUUUCACUGGAAACCAAUCAGACUCUCCUACGAGGUCUGCUGGAACCAAAACAAAGAAGUUCACAGAACAAUCAGGAAACAGUUGAAUACAUCAAGUGGAAGAUCAGUGAGGAUCUGUCUGCAGAGAAAAGCAUCAAUCUGUUACACUGUCUGAAUGAACUGAACGAUGGUUCUCUGGUAGAGGAGGUCCAACGGUCCCUGAGGUCAGGACGUCUCUCCACAGAUGAACUGUCUCCUGCUCAGUGGUCGGCUCUGGGCUUCAUCUUACUGUCAUCAGAAGAUCUGGAGGUGUUUGACCUGAAGAAAUACUCAGCUUCAGAGGAGGUUCUACGGAGGCUGCUGCCGGUGGUCAAAGCCUCCAAGAAAGUUGUGUUGAGUGGUUGUAACCUCUCAGAGGACAUCUGUGCAGAUCUGUCCUCAGUUCUCAGCUCUCAGUCCUCCAGUCUGACAGAACUGGACCUGAGUAACAACCACCUGCAGGAUUCAGGACUGAAGAAGCUGUGUCCUGGACUGGAGAGUCCACACUGUCACCUGGAGUCUCUCAGGUUGAGUGGUUGUAACCUCUCAGAGAACAUCUGUGCAGAUCUGUCCUCAGUUCUCAGCUCUCAGUCCUCCAGUCUGACAGAACUGGACCUGAGUAACAACCACCUGCAGGAUUCAGGACUGAAGAAGCUGUGUCCUGGACUGGAGAGUCCACACUGUCACCUGGAGUCUCUCAGGUUGAGUGUCUGUAACCUCUCAGAGAACAUCUGUGCAGAUCUGUCCUCAGUUCUCAGCUCUCAGUCCUCCAGUCUGACAGAACUGGACCUGAGUAACAACCACCUGCAGGAUUCAGGACUGAAGAAGCUGUGUCCUGGACUGGAGAGUCCACACUGUCACCUGGAGUCUCUCAGGCUGUCAGGCUGUCAGAUCUCAGAGGAAGGCUGUGCUUCUCUGGUCUCAGCUCUGAGCUCCUACCCCUCCCACCUGAGAGAGCUGGACCUGAGCUACAACCAUCCAGGAGAGUCAGCGGUGAAGCUUCUGUCUGCGGGACUGGACACUCUCAGGGUGGAGCCUGCUGGACAACAAUGGUUGACACCAGGUCUGAGGAAGUAUUCCUGUCAACUCACCAUCGACACAAACACAGUCCACAACAACAUCCAACUGUCUCACAAAAACAGGAAGAUGAUGGAUGUGGAGGAGGAUCAGUCAUAUCCUGAUCAUCCAGACAGGUUUGAUUUCUGGCAUCAGCUGCUGUGUAGAGAAGUUCUGACGGGUCGCUGUUACUGGGAGGUCCAGAGGAGAGGAGAUGUUUCUGUAUCAGUGAGUUACAGAAGAAUCAGCAGGAAAGGAAGCUCUAAAGACUGUUUGUUUGGAGGGAACGAUCAUUCCUGGAGUCUGUUUUGUUCUGAUCAUGGUCAGUACCGUGUCUAUCACAAUAAGAGAGUAACAUGUUGUUCCUCCUCUUCCUCAGUCUCUGACAGAGUAGCAGUGUAUGUGGACGUUCCUGCUGGAACUCUGUCCUUCUACAGCGUCUCCUCUGACAGACUGAUCCACCUCCACACCUUCAACACCGCAUUCACUGAACCUCUCUAUCCUGGGUUCAGGUUCGGAUUCAAGCCUGGUUCUUCAGUGUCUCUGUGUUGAGUUCAGUCUCAAGUAGGGGUGGGACGAUACAGUAACUCAUGAUUCAAUACUGUGGCGAUAUGUGGCCCACGAUAACGAUAAUAUCACGAUACACAAUAUCUACGAUAUAUUGUAAGAAAUUUAAUCAACGAUAUAUCACGAUCUAUAGACCCUUUUUCUGUUUGUAAACAAUGAUGACGUAGAACGUAUGCGCGCGCAUUUUGGCAACAGAAGCUGGCGGAGAUGAACAGCGUGUCAAGCUAUGUAAGGGGAUUAUCAACUAAAGAUCGCAAAUGUUACCUUAACAAGUUGACUUUGACAAAUGGUGUCCGACUUCCAGAUCUGUGUUCUAUUAAUGAGUGGGUUGAAGACGUUAGCAAGUGGCCAAAUGGGUUGUCGUCGCGGGGCGGCCCCUCCCCCCUCACCGCGGAGCCUCGAACCCGGACUGAGAGGGUCAUGAGCGGCCAGCGGAUCCCUGAGCUCCCGGAUCGGCUCCCGGAGGAUCCGGAGCGGCUCUGGCCAGCCCUGGAGAGCCUG